CCUUUCCCUUCCUUUCAGGACACCUGAGCCCCACUGCCUGCACCCUGAGGAAGCACAAGACGAAUAGGAAGCCCCGAACCCCAUUCACCACUUCCCAGCUGCUGGCUCUGGAGCGCAAGUUCCGCCAGAAGCAGUAUCUGUCCAUCGCCGAGAGAGCAGAGUUCUCCAGCUCCCUCAACCUCACAGAGACCCAGGUCAAAAUCUGGUUCCAGAAUCGGAGGGCCAAGGCCAAGAGACUGCAGGAAGCUGAGCUAGAGAAGCUCAAAAUGGCAGCAAAGCCCAUGUUGCCAUCGGGGUUCAGCCUCCCUUUCCCUAUCAACUCUCCCAUCCAGGCUGCCUCACUGUAUGGAACAUCCUACCCUUUUCACAGACCUGUGCUUCCUAUCCCGCCUGUUGGACUCUAUGCUACUCCCGUUGGAUAUAGCAUGUACCACUUAUCCUAAGAAGAUCAGAAAGACAAAAUGAGACAGACUUUCUGGUGGAUCAUGUCCAACCCUGAGAAGGCAGUACCUCAACCAGUACUGGCCAUUCUUUCUGCACGCUUCUAUCUGCCAUCCUGAGUGUACGGGAGUUUGCGUUAGCAAAGCAAGGCAUCCUGUAUGCUAUGGGUUGGGUGUCUUCUGAAAGUGCUCUGAAUGCUCAGAUUCUGAUCCUCAAAGAAAAAAAUAUGUAAAAACAAACAAACAGAAAAC